CUUUCACAUCACACCGAGGCAGUCUGAACUCACCACCGCCACUCAUCAGCUCUACCAUGCAGGUUUCCAAAUAUUGUUUGACCAUGAAGCCGGCGGCGCGGCGGCCGCUGCUGCUGGGCGCCCUGGCGGCGGCGGCGCUGCUCUCCGUCCUCCUCCUCGCACCGCCCGGCGGCUUCUCCUCGCUCCUCCCGUUCCCCGACUCCUCGCCGUACGCGGGCAGCCCCAAGCUCCUCUUCCUCCUCGCGGGCCAGUCCAACAUGGCCGGCCGAGGCGCCGCGCCGUCCCCGCUCUCGCCCCCGUUCCGCCCGCACCCGCGCGUGCUCCGCCUCGCCGCAUCCCGCCGCUGGGUCACCGCCGCGCCGCCGCUCCACGCCGACAUCGACACGCACAAGGCCUGCGGGCUCGGACCCGCCAUGCCAUUCGCGCACCGCCUCCUCGACGCGGCCUCCGCCGGCUCCGGACUCGUGCUGGGGCUCGUGCCGUGCGCCGUAGGCGGGACCAGGAUCUGGAUGUGGGCCAGGGGGCAGCCGCUCUACGAGACCGCCGUUGCCAGGACGCGCGCCGCCGUGGAAGCCGGCGGGGGCACGCUCGGCGCCGUGCUGUGGUUCCAGGGGGAGAGCGAUACCAUCGAGCUGGACGACGCCACGGCGUACGGCGGCAAGAUGGAGCGCCUCAUCGCCGAUCUCAGGGCCGAUUUCGGCAUCCCCAACCUGCUCGUCAUCCAGGUUGGUCUUGCAUCAGGAGAGGGGAAUUACACUGAUAUUGUCAGGGAAGCUCAGAAAAAUAUCAACCUUCCUAAUGUCAUUCUUGUGGAUGCUAUGGGAUUGCCACUCCGAGAUGAUCAAUUACACCUCUCCACAGAAGCUCAACUUCUACUGGGUGACAUGUUGGCGCAAGCCUAUUUAAAGUUCAACUCAUCCACAGAUUCAAGACAACGACGUCGAUGACGCUGUUGAACCUGUUAGUUGUAGAGUCUGUGACAAAUACCAUCAUUCUUUGAAAUAUUCUGUUGUAGAGUGUAGAUCAUUGUACAAGAGGAGUUGUACCCAUAGGUGCACUACAAAAAUGUAAUAAACGCUACAGGGUAGAUACUUAGCUCAAACAAUUCUAGUGUUGUACAUUACAUUGGAAAAAAACAGACAGCCUCCAUUAUGGGGUUACAAAUCAGCAUCAUUUGUGGGAUUCUAAUGGCAGUCAUUGCCCAAUUGGAUCGUAUUCACAAACUUUGGUGA